CAAUCUUUGACCUUCAUGUAUAAGAUUCCGGCGGGCGGCGACAUGGGUGCUGCUCCGGCCGACGAGAAGCCCCACGUGGUGUGCCUGCCGUUUCCUUCGCAGGGGCACGUCACGCCGAUGAUGAAGCUGGCCAAGAUCCUCCACUGCAAGGGCUUCUACGUCACCUUCGUCAACACCGAGUACAAUCACCGCCGCCUCGUCCGCUCCCGCGGCCUCGCCACCGUCGCGGGCCUCUCGGACUUCCGGUUCGCCACCAUUCCCGACGGCCUCCCCCCGUCCGACGUCGCCGACGCCACGCAGCACUCGGAGUCUCUCUGCUACUACACCAUGACCACCUGCCUUCCCCACUUCAAGAAGCUGCUUCAGGACCUCAACGGCACAGCCGGGGUGCCGCCGGUGACCUGCGUCAUGGGGGACAACCUCAUGAGCUUCUGCGUGGACGCGGCGGCGGCGGUGGGCGUGCCGUGCGCGCUCUUCUGGACCGCCAGCGCCUGCGGCUACAUGGGUUACCGCAACUUCCGAUUCCUCAUGGACGAAGGCGUCUCUCCUCUCAAAGAUGAAGAGCAGCUGACGAACGGGUACUUGGAUACGCCGGUGACGCAGGCUCCCGGGAUGAGCAAGCACAUGCGCCUCCGAGACUUCCCCUCCUUCAUCUGCACGACGGACCUCGAUGGCAUCGUGCUCAACUUCCUGAUGCACGAGGUGGAGCAGUCGGACCGGGCGGCCGCCAUCAUCCUCAACACCUUCGACGAGCUCGAGCAGCCCGCGCUGGACGCCAUGCGCGACAUACUCCCGCCGAUCUACACCAUCGGCCCGCUCAACUUCCUCGCCGAGCAGCUCCUCCCCGACGGUGGCGGCCCGCUCGCCACUACACGCUCCAGCCUCUGGAGAGAAGACCGCUCCUGCCUCGAGUGGCUCCACGGCAGGGAGCCCCGGUCCGUGGUGUACGUCAACUUCGGGAGCACAACCACCAUGUCUAGCCAGGAGCUGGUGGAGUUCGCGUGGGGGCUGGCCAACUGCGGCUACGACUUUCUAUGGAUCGUGAGGAACGACCUGCUGGCCAAGGGCGACGCCGCCGCUUCUGCCACGCUGCCUCCCGAGUUCCUGGAGGCGACCAAGGGCAGGUGCCUCCUGACGACCUGGUGCGAGCAGGAGGCGGUGCUGCGGCACGAGGCCGUCGGCGUGUUCCUGACGCACUGCGGGUGGAACUCCACCAUGGAGGGGCUGAGCGCCAGGGUGCCCAUGCUGUGCUGGCCCUUCUUCGCCGACCAGCAGACCAACACCCGCUACGUGUGCGUCGAGUGGGGCGUCGGGAUGGAGGUCGGCGACGACGUGCGCCGGGAGGUGGUGGAGGCGAGGAUAAGGGAGGCGAUGGGAGGUGAGGUAGGGAAGGAGAUGAAGCGGAAGUCAAUGGAAUGGAAAGAGGUCGGUCUUCGUGCAACCACGCAACCUCGCGGCAGGUCGUUGGCCAAUUUUGAUAGCCUGCUCAAGGAUGUGCUGACCACCGCAAGUAAAAAAUCUGCUGGCUAGACGGCGUCAACCGUUUAUUUGCAUUUAAAUUAGGAAAUCCACUCUCUCUCCUAUUAUGUGCAGGUGAAAAUAUGUGACAUACAUACACGCAUCUUUCCUGUUCACUCUGCCACACCUGUCUUUAUCUCUCUUCUCAUCCCAUGCUUUUUCAUUUUACUCUAAAUUUUGCAUAUGUCUUAUCUUUUAAAUCAAAUGGCCGAUUUCUAUUUCGAGUGAAUAUUUGUGUUCCAAA